GUAGUGUAAACUCCACUGUAGUGUGUGUGUGUGUGUGUGUGUGUGUGUGUGUCCGCCGGAGUCUGCGCAGAUCUAACAGCUGGGCGAUUCCGCUGAUUUACCGACGGAAAGUCUCUGAAACAUGAAGUAAACCGGAGGACAGAUGGAGCCUGGACGUUUCCGCCGCACCGCCAGCUGCACUUUUGGCUGCGCGUGAAACUGCUGCUCCCCUCCACCGGACCCCCCCCGUGUGUGUGUGUGUGUGUGUGUGUGUGUGUGUGUGUGUGCGUGCGUGUGUGUGUGUGUGUGUGCGUGCGUGCGUGUGUGUGUGUGCGUGCGUGCGUGUGUGUGUGUGCGUGUGUGUGUGUGUGUGUGUGUUUAUUUCCUCCGGCUGCUGGGUAUCUGUACACUUGGAUACUCUGCAGUCUGGGAUGUGGGCGUGUCCCGAGAGGUUCGGAGUGGGCCGGGUGAUGUAGUAUUCAGGGUGUUGUUAAGUUCAGUAGAUCAGACAGAUCAGACUGGGGAACUAUGGCGGCUAAAGAGAAUCCUUGCCGUAAGUUCCAGGCGAAUAUCUUCAACAAGAGCAAGUGCCAAAACUGCUUCAAACCCCGAGAGUCCCAUCUGCUCACUGAUGAUGACUAUACACAGGCAAAUCCUAUAUAUGGAGGAUGGCUGCUUCUGGCACCUGAAGGAACAAACUUCGAUAACCCGUUACACCGGUCCCGAAAAUGGCAAAGACGAUUCUUCCUUCUUUAUGAACACGGACUUCUGCGAUACGCUCUCGAUGAGAUGGCCAGCACCCUUCCCCAGGGCACCAUAAACCUAAAUGUGUGUGUAGACGUGGUGGACGCAGAGGGCACGACGGGGCAGAAACACUCACUCUGUAUCUGCACUCCAGACAGAGAACACUACAUCAGAGCUGAGAACCGAGAGGUCAUUAACGGGUGGCAGGAGGCUUUGAUCAUAUUUCCCCGGACCAACAAACAGAACCAGAAGAAGAAACGGAAGGUGGAGCCGCCAACUCCACAGGAACCUGGACCAGCCAAGGUCACUGUAACGAGCAGCAGUGUCCUGUGUGUUAAUAACAGUGUGGUUCAGUCUGAUGGGGCUGAGCCUGUUAGAGAUUCGGAGCGUGUGAUUGCAGGACGUAAGCCGAGGGUGGAGAGCGGCUACUUCUCAUUGGAGAAACCGAAACCUGAACAACCCCAACAGGAACAGAUCUCCUCUUCAUCAUCAUCCCCUUCCUCUCGUCUGAGGUACAGCACUUCGGAACCGGCGCUCUGUCCCUCACUGUCCUUGCACAACACACACACUUCACCUGACACACACACUACACACUCAGACUUCACAGACAUACCCACUGUUUCACAAUCUGUUGAUGAUCCACACACACAUUCAUUGCCAACAACAAACACAGUACGAUCUCCUUCUCCACACACUUCUGCCAACACACACACGCUGGCAUCGUCACUCUCGUCCUCUCAGAGCUCCCUCGACUCUGGGUCGAGCCCUGAGAGGCAGAGUCAUGUCGCAAGAGUGGGUGGGGCUACCCCAUCAGAGGCUGGAGGAAUCAACGCGAGGCCUGGGCGAAGUGGGAGGAGCUAUGCGGUAUUGGCGGACGUCCCCCGUGCGAGAAGGCUGAGCCAUCGAGAGGCGUUUCGUUCUGAUCGCAAACGGCAGGAGCUGAGAGCAAGAACACGGAGCCCAGGGAGAGAGGAGGUAGAGAGACUGUUCGGACAACAGAGGAAACGUACUCAGGUGAUUGAACGGUUUGAGACACAGCAGUCAACAGAUACAUUGGAGCACAUGGACACAACAGAACUGUCCACUUCCUCCAGUCAGUCCACCAAUCAGAGAACAGGACGCAGUGAGAGGCGUCUCCCUACCCAGAAACAGGACCUCUCAUUGGAUGCUGGUACAUCAGGCACAGUAACGGAUUUUUCUGGAAAAAUGUCUGUUUACAGAAGGGCAAAAAGUCUGGACCGCCGAAUUACAGAGUCAUCAAUGACGCCUGAUCUGCUGAACUUCAAAAAAGGAUGGAUGACUAAACUUUAUGAGGACGGGCUGUGGAAGAAGCACUGGUUUGUUUUGACUGAACAGAGUCUGAGAUAUUACAGAGACUCCAUCGCUGAAGAGGCAGCUGAUCUUGAUGGAGAAAUUGAAUUGUCCUCAUGUUAUGAUGUCACUGAGUUUCCUGUGCAGAGGAACUACGGCUUCCAAAUCCAUAGUAAGGAGGGAGUGUUCACGCUCUCUGCUAUGACUUCUGGGAUACGGAGGAACUGGAUUCAGGCCAUAAUGAAGAGUGUGAGGCCCACCAUCACUCCUGAUGUCACACGUUCUGUCCCAGAUCAACACACCAACACUAAAACAGCCCCUCCGACCCCCAACAUCUCUCGUCCUUCAUAUGUGUGUGGUCAGAGUUCUUGUGAUGUCAUUGUUGAUUCAGCUGAGCACCGUAAGCCACGCCCCCGUGAUCACAGGCAAGAGGGAAGAUCCAAAACCUUUGACUGGGCGGAGUUUCAAAAUGAGAGGGCGGAAGCGUUGGAUACAAGCUCCUCCCCCUCCCUAUCUUCUGUUUCAUCGUCUGCUUCCUCUCCUUCCUCAUCAGUCUCAGAAGGGAAGUUACUUCAUCGGGAACAGCAAACAGCUCCAGAGAACAAAAAAGGGCAUGUGGCCGUAACUAGUGCAGUUCCAUCAGUUAAUAAGAAUCCAGAUGUACAAAUGGAGAUUGAAGAAAGAUGGCAUCAGGUGGAGACCACACCCCUCAGGGAGGAGAAACAAGUGCCAAUCACAGGACGCUCCGCCUCCUUUACUACAGGAGACAAAGUUCCUGCAGAACUCAUGCCCCUGCUGGACACAGAGAACCAGAAAGAGUUAGUGAGGCUACAGGAACAGAACACACUCCUACAGGGGCAGCUACAUGAUGCGGAGCAGAACGCACGGGAAGGUUAUGUGUUACAGUGUACCAGUGAACCAGGACAACCUUCAUCCGAUUCUACAUCUUCUUCCACAUCUCACCGAGUGCCAUGGCAGCGCAUCAGCAAGCUGAACAAGGAACUUAAGACAGAGCUGGAAGCUCAAAGACGGAAGCAUGAUCUAGCUAAUCAGCAGGUCAACAGCCUGAGACGGAGCUACAGUGAAGCACAGGAUUUGAUUGGGCAUCAUGAGGUGGAAAUUGAGGCUCUGCAGGCAAAACUUGUAUCUGCAAUGGCUGAAAUUGUAGCAAGUGAGCAAGCAGUGGCUCGCAUGCGCAGCGAGCUGAAGCUGGAACAGAGUCGUUGCCAUGAGCGUGAAGAGGAGUGGAUUUCCAAUGAGAAAACCCUACGAGCACAAUUACGGGACAGUGAGGAACGCCUCCGGGAUGUGGAGGCAAGUUUGUUAGAAAAGACCCAGGCGCUAAGACUAUUGGAGAGACAGCAGGCCUUGCAACGGGAUCAGCACAAGGAAGUGCAAAAGCUGCAGGAGAAGCUAAAUGAGGUUACUAGAUGUCUUAUUGCAACAGAGGAGGCACAGGCCCUAAGAGAGGAGCGGGAAAAGAAAGAGCACCGUUGCCUGGAGGAAAAGCAUGAGCGGGAGCGACAAGGAUUGAGUCGUAGGAUUGCAGAGUCUGAGGAAAAGAGACUCAAAGCUGAAGAGCAACUUCAGGAAGCUCAGGACCAAGUAGAAACUCUCCUCAGAUGUGGUGCGGGAGAUCGAGUUGAAUCAGAAGUCAGGGAAGAGAUGCUACGUUUGCAGCAGGUUCUGAAUGAACAGGCAGAUGUGAUUGAGAACCUUCGGGAAAGUGUGAGAAGGCUGGAAGAUGAGAGAGAUCACCUUACAUGUCGCUGCCAGGAAUUGGUUAAUCAGAUUGCAGAGGCAGACAGGGAGGUAGGAAAACUACAGGCACAGCUAAAAACAGAAGAGACAGACUACUACUCUUUGGAAAGCUCGUAUGAGCGGGUUUCACAGGAGUUUGCAAGAAUCACUUCUGUUUUGCAAGAGAAGGAGGAGGAAGUGCGACAGACAAAGGAGAGAUAUGAGAAGCUGAUGAGACAAAAAGACCAGGAUAUGAAUGAAGCCCUUGUCAAGAUGGCUGCUUUAGGUAGCAGCCUGGAGGACACUGAACAACGUUUGAAGGCAAAGGACGAACUUCUUAGUCAGAUUGGACCUAGAGAGGUGGAGCAAGAGUUGCAGGUGAAGCUGGUGGUAGCAGAGGACCGAAUAUCUGAACUGGAAGAGCAUCUCAAUGCUUUGCGUUUGGGGUACGCAAACCUUAGAAUGGAGCGAUGUGGAUCUCAGGAGGAUGUCCUUGACGCAUUAGAAAAACAAGCAGAUCAUGAUAUAUCCUUUUCUACCACUUCCUCUUUAACUCUCGCAAGAAGUAGCUCUGAGACAGAAGUGUCCUUUGCCAAACGGCAGAGGAUCCGCUUCUCCAACAUUCAGUGCCAAAAGUACCACCAAUCGCAGAGAAUCGAAAGGAUUCAUCCAGAUAACACAUACCUGGAUUUUACUCAAGGGGAGCAUCAAGACCUUGUAACAGAAACAAGCCUGAACCUCACUGAUGACACCAUCCAGGACUUGUCCCAGGAUAUCAGCUUAGUCACUGACAACACAUUUCAGUACUGCAGUGAUACAGAAAAAUUUUUGUCCAUCAUCCAUGGGCUGGAGUCAAGGCUCCAGGCCACAGAAGAGAAGCUUAGAGAUAUCACAUCAAAGAAGCAAAAUGAAGACGGGCAGCUUGGCAACAAAGGUUUGAUGGAAGUAUGCUGUGAUGAUACCCCUGCUGAACCAGACCAGUAUGAACCAGAUGUUAAAUUCUACUCUUGCUUGGGUGACAUUGUACAGGAUAGUAUCAACAAUGAAGAUUACAGAAAAGCUCUAGCUUUUGUGGAGUCAUGCAGGGUUAGGGUUAGGGGGAUUCUUAACAGUCAGCAUGAAGAAGGAAUAGCACAAGCACAGGUUCUCACCUUAGCUGAGAUUGAGAAAGACUUGGUUAAUGCAUCCUUACACAUUAGGCAAGUUGCAGCACGAUACAAAGAGUCACUUACCUGUCAGAGUGAUGCCAAGACACAGAUGGAUAAAAGUGAAGUAAAGGUUCUUGCAAGAAUGUUAGCCUUUGAAGGGACUGUUUUGGAGAAAAUGGCAUUUUCUCUUCAAGAUCCCAAAUCAGAACUAAUGCAAAGUCUUAGUGAGAUAAAUAAAGAAUCCCAACAGGUUACCAUGAACCACCAGGAUUGCCUUUCUGUAAUUUACACAGACAUUCUGAUGAGGAAACUAAAAUUACAGAAUAUUCUGAUAAAUGAGCUAAAACAUGAGCUCCACCAAGCUAAUACCUUUAGUACAGACAAUUUGCAGACACCUGAUAAUAGUGUUUUUGCUCAAAAUACAAUUCACAAUGCUUGUAUUAAUGCUGAACUUGCAUACUGCCUUCAGAACUUAAAGCACUCUUACCAAGACAAGUUUGCAGAACUUCAAAGAGACUUGGUCAAGGUAAAAGAGAUCUUACAGCAAAGGGAUAUAGCUAUGAGCGAAGCAGCUAUGCCUCUCAACACCAACAAUGUUGCCCAAGAUGUUGGUGAUAAAAUGAAUACUGUUACAGAGAACACUCUUUCUGACAUCAACCCUCCUGAACUUGCCCCUUAUGCACAGCAGAUAGAGAGGGAGGAAGCUCACACUCUUGCUCAAGAAAUAAUAGAAAGACACUUAGCUGGAAUCAUGUGUUUGUGUGUCACGGAAUCAGUGGCAUCGCUGGAUACUAGGCAAGAGAGUCUCAUUACUGAGCUAAAGGGACAAGCCAAGGUCCUUUACCACUUGUCUGAACAGCUGGAAAAGGCAUGUGAGGAAGAUAACAGCUCUGUCCUUUGUGGACUUCCAGGUCAAAUCCAAGCAGUUUUAGGACCUAGAGACACCAGCAUGUACAAGACUCUCAGCAUGCAUGAGGCUCUGAUUCAAGUGCAGGUAGCAUAUGUUGCCUGUCGACUAAGAGCUGAACAUGAGAGGGAGCUUUCACUCUGCCAGGAGACCAGCCACAAUAUGGCCACUUUGGUCCAGGAGCAUGCCCAGCAUGUAGCAGCCAUCCACCAGCGUUUCCAAAGUAGCCUAGAAGAUGAACGGAUUCAUUACUUCAAGACAAUAAACUCUAUUCAGGAGGAAAAUGAAACUCUACGAGAGGAGGCAGCAAAGCAGCUUAAAGAGAUGGGCAGGCAGCAGGAGCAGAUUGUGCAAAUGGAAGAGGCAUUCCAGAGGGAGAUACAGGAGAUGAAAAGAAUGCAUGCAGAAGAAUUUGGUCGAGCAAAGCAGGAUCGAGCAACCAGUGAGCAAGCGUUGAUCGAACAUGCAGAAAACACACAACAAAAGCUCGAAAAACUGCUGCAAGAAGUUGAGGGAGCAGAGUUAAUGCACAAUGAACACAUAUGCAAGCUGGAGCAUGAACUCCGUGGGAAGGUUCAGGAACUUGAAAAUGUACAUCAGGAAGAAAUUCAGAAACUUCACGACCGGUACAGUCAAACUAUUCGCACUCUCGGAGAGAGAUUAGAGACAAUAGCAGAUGAUACACAUCGUCCUUCUACAGCAGAGGCACUAGUUGAGGGCCAUUUUGAGGAGGGGAAAGGGCAUGAACAGGAGGUGAGCACAGACUCAAUGUCACUGCUGAGAAGUCGUGUGCAGGAGCUGGAGUUGCAGAUGAUGAACAUGCGUGAUGAACUGGAGAACAAACCACCAGAUGGAGACAUGGCCAGUCUGCGAGAAAAGUACCAGAAAGACUUCGACAGUCUUAAGGAGACAUGUGAGCGUGGGUUUACAGCGAUGGAGGAAACUCAUCAGAAGGUGAUUGAGGAUCUUCAGCGUCAGCAUCAACGUGAGAUUAACAAACUGCUGGAGGAGAGAGAGAGACUGCUGGAGGAAGAGACGAAUGCCACCAUUGCUGCGAUUGAGGCAAUGAAAAAUGCUCAUCGUGAAGAAUUGGAGAAAACACAGCGAGCACAGCUGAGUGGAGUCAACGCAGACAUUGAACAACUGCGCAUGCAGUACGAAGAGGACUUACAGUCAAUCCACCGUGAGCUGGAGGUGUUAUCAGAGCAGUACUCUCAGAAAUGUCUGGAGAACACACACCUCGCUCAGGCACUAGAGGCUGAGAGACAGGCACUGCAGCAGUGUCAGAGAGAGAAUCAACAACUCCACACACACAACCAGGAGCUGAAUAACCGUCUGACGGUGGAGAUCUCUCGCAUGCGUUCCUGCUAUAGUGGAGAGAAAACACCAUCACCUCUCACACAGGGCAAAGACCUCUAUGAACUGGAGGUCCUGCUACGUAUAAAGGAUUCAGAAAUACAGUAUCUGAAACAGGAGAUCAACUCACUAAAAGAUGAGCUUCAGUCUGCAUUGAGGGAUAAGAAGUAUGCAUCUGAUAAGUAUAAGGACAUCUACACAGAGCUGAGCAUCGUGAGAGCUAAAGCUGAUUGUGACAUCAGCAAACUAAGAGAAAAACUGGCUGCAACAGAAGCCCUCGGGGAAAGAGACACACCCACACACACACCAGGAUAUGAUAUCAUGAAGUCGAAGAGUAACCCUGACUUCCUGAAGAAAGAACGCUCAGCUGUUUCCCGACAGAUCCGUGGAGUGAGGUCUAAGUCUGUGAGUGAGGAGAUGCCUUUGGAUAGCUGCCCUUGCCCCUUCAGUGAUAUAGAGUCUGAAAGAGGGAUUAACAGUGCAAGAACGGAUGAAGCUGUUUGAAGCAAAAGACUCGCGGAAGAUAUGAACAACUUUUACACACACGCACGCACGCACACACGCACACGCACGCACACACACACACACACACACACACACAGACAUCCAUGAACAAACAUAUUCACAAGAUUAUUUUGUGUAAUUACUUUGUUACAGUCAGUGAAGAGACAUCAGCUGCUUAGUUUAUUAUUGUUUUGGGUGUGUGUGUGUGUGUGUGUGUGUGUGUGUGUGUGUGUGCAUGUGUGUGGGAGAGAGAGAGAAUUUGUGCAACUGCUGUAUACCUUUUGUUAAGAGAGUAUCAGAGUUAUUUUAAGAAUCAGAGUUAUUCUAAGAGAGCCUGCUGUAAUUUUGCUAACAAUGUUGUAAAUAAGGUGUGUGUGUGUGUGUGUGUGUGUGUGUGUGUGUGUGUGUGUGUGAGACUCUAGCUCAUUUUAUAACACGUUUUUUAAUACACAGCUCAUUAUAAGUCAGUUUUCCUGACUGCUCUCAGUCAGUGUUAUAGAUGAUCUGAUUAUUUUUAUUUCCUGCAGCUCGAUACACAGACAGCCAGCCGUGUGUUAAUUAUACACUAGUGUUGAGUCUGUAGUUUAGAAUAACGUAUACAACACUGCAUCAACAAACAAACAAACACAAUUAUAUAGCCAUGCCUGUGCUAUCGUAGCCUACUAGCUAAGCUAGCUAGCAUGUGAGAUUAGCACAGCAAUGCUAAACAAAUGGUUUCGCUCAUUUUACCGCUACACCUGAUGUCCACUUGCAGUGCAUUGUGGGAAAUACAUAGCGAGAAUAUCACUGUAAGGAGAACUGAACAUUAAUUAACUUUCAAUUAAAAUUUAAAGAUAAAGUAAUAGUGCCAGUUAAUCCUGUGCAAAAGUUUAUACACCCUUAAGACAAGGUUUUAUUGUUUGAAUUCAUUUAAAACACAUUUGAUUGUGUUCAGUUUCACAAACAUUCCUUCAUCUGUAUGAACAAAAUGAUUUCUUCUUCUUCUUCUUAAUAUUAUUAUUAGUGUUAAUCUUAUAAAAUCCCUACCCAGAAGCUGGGAUAUUUGUAACCCUCUUUUUUAAUGUGAAUAUUUAAUAUAAUCACAGUUUAUUUGCUUUAGCAACUGCUUCUGGUCCUCUGAAGUGUUUCUUAAAAAAUGUUUUUUCAGAUGAUUUUUUUGUUAAUUUCUGUUUUUUUAUUUUAUUAUCUUGGUCACAUCCACAUUUUACUUUUAACUUUUAAUGUUGGAACCACAGAAUAGAGAUAUUUCUCAUUCCCUUCAGGACCCUCAGGUUGUGGGCUGUUUAUUCUUUAGUGCUGGUCUUUGUUCGGCGUUCGAAUUUGUGUCUUUACUGAAUCGUAACUAAUUUGCAUAAAAUGAACACACUUAGUUCACAAGUAAUUUUACUGCUGCUGGUGUUGCCUCACAAAUUAGUCUGUUAAAUUAAAUCUCCACUCAGCUCUGUUUUAAACAGAGGUGUGUGUGUGUGCAUGAGCAUCUUUACUUGAUGUAGUGUUUAUAAAAAGCUGUGUGUCUGCUCACUUUUGCUCAUUUCUGGUUUGUGUGUGUGGGUGUGUGUGUGGGUGUGUGUGUGUGUGUGUGUGUGUGUUUGGUUGUUUCUUUGGAGAGAAAUAAAGUUUAUUCUGUGCUGAAUUUAUAUUUUAAGUGAGUGUAAGGUUUUAUUAAACACACUCACUGUAAGUCCCUGUAUAGUGUUAAAUACUCGGCGUUGUGUAUAUAUCUGUUUCACAGAGGUUUUGUUUAAUGUUUAAAACUAAAAAAUAUCUUACUCAAUAGCUCUAUAUGGAAAAAUAAAUAUAUACCUUUUUUUUUAUUGUUUUGGUGUGAAUGUGGAAUGUCUUCAAUAAAUAUUUAAAAAUCUC